ACCAUGGCCUCACAAUCAAGAAAUCCUACCCAUCUGAGACAAUACUUUGAGCAUCUAGCUGGAAGUACAUGCUUUAUGUAUGCACUUAAGAUUAGAUCAGAUCUUGAUAAGGAUCUUCUUGCUUUUGGGGAUGAUCCAGGCCUUGCAAAAUCUGCUAGUCAUCUGUGGCUCCUGGCUACCAAGAAUGCUGCAUUGGUGCCAGAAUCUCUCAAGGAGGCUCUCAGUGAGUAUUCCCUCCAUUACCACAGAAAGAGGAAUGUGGCUCGCUCUAAGAAAUGAACCAUUGCAAAGGCUCUCAGCCUACAUGCUACCCCACUGACAGCCCAGUCUCUUGCAGCCACUGGUAUGGUCAAAGUGGUCAUUCAUGAUCACUUUGAUGACACCAGCUUUAAGUGGGGCACUCUUUUAGUAGACUGUGGCAAUGAGGAUCUGGUUGACAGUGGGAGUUCCACCCUUUCUGUUCCUGUUGAUGGUUCUUGGUAUGUGAUUGAACCAGAUGAAAGCAUUAUUUUCUUCAAUUCCAAUGGUUUGGUCUCGCUUGCUGUACUCCAUGGGAGGUGUAGCCAGCAUCCUGACCUGUUGACUUAUGUCAACAAUAUCAUCAAUGAGGC